AUGAAUCACACAAAGCCUAUGGUUCUCGUGCCCGAGAACACCUUGGAAAGAUUACAACAGUACCAGCAGAUUUUAACCCCACCCGUCACACAAACUCUGAGAAACUUGGAUAGUGAAAUGACCGAUAUUUUAUCCAGUAAAGAACUUGAUGAUGAACAAAAAGCUAGGCUUUACAAUCAAGUGUUGCAGCGGUACUUGACUUAUUACGAUCAGCGAAAAGGUCAACCUCUUCAUCUGAAAAUGUCAACCCCCAAAGCAGUGGAAACACCUAAACCAGAAGAAAAUGAACAACCUUCGGAAGAACCUGUCCCGGAAAAAUUCACUUCAUCAGCCGUAAAGCGAGAGGUCAUGAAAAGUGUACCCAAAAUUUACAAAGCCGGGGCUAGACAACUGUUGGAUAAAAUUAAAGAGCAUCAAGAUGUAUUGCAUUGGAAUGAUAAAGGAGAGCUUUUGUAUGAAACCAAACCCAUUCCAGGUUCUCAUCUGGUAGACCUAGUCAACGACACAUUGCGCCACCGCAAAGGAUUUGAACCAGUGGGAUGGUCGGUGUUUGCGAGGGGUCUGGCCCGAAUGAAUGUCCCGGAAAAUCUAGUUACGUUCUAAUUCGCUUCGCUCAAACGAACGUAAAUUAUUUACCGCUUAAAUAACCGCAAAAACCAGGCGAAGUCAGAUAUGGGUGGAUCGCGUGCGAACCCUAACACUUUAAUAAAAAGGAAUCGUACAGCAUUGGUAAAGGAAAAACAGAUAACAUAUUUAAAUAUGAGCUAAAUACCUAAAUAUUUCGUCACACUUAAACGAUUACAUUGUCUCUAAAACGUACAUGUCUUUCGUUUCGUCUGUUUUCUAGCGCCCAUGAAGCUUAAACAACCUCUCAGAAACGGCUUUGAAAGCGUCAUCACUGAUAACAGCUUUAGCACCCCCUGAACGCAGACUAAGUCUUUCAAAGUAGUCUUAAAUAUUUCCCUGCAGCGAGCGAUAGGAUAACUUGCCAUUCCUAAGAGUAUAACCCGACUUGUUCUUCGUUGAAUAAAGGCAAAUGACUUACGUAAGAUAGCUACUGGGCAGUAUUUGUUCUCUAGCUUAGCGAUAUAAACAUAAUUGCCCUCUCUAUAUACAUCCGUUUUACUCCUUGGCACACAAAUGUCUACAAAACCAUCGCAAAACGUGAGGUGUUUUGGCUGAAUAUUAGCCAACUCGUUAAAACGAAAAAAUCCUGCAAAACCUAAUGAACUUAUUGCGGCAAUACGUAAGUCCUUUAAAGGUGCUUCCUCAGCGCCAUGUCUGUCAAUAAUGCUUCUAAUGAUAGCAGGGUCCACGGGCUUUUUCUUGUGAACUGGAUUGCUCCUUGUCCUCUUGGCGCACUCAAUCAAGUUCUUGCAACAAGCGUUAUCCAAAGGAUUGGGACCAUCAUCAGGAACAAAGGAAUGGAACCAUUUCAGCGCAGCAUGGACCAAAACCAUUGCGGCCGGAGACCUAAGCUGUUGAUCUAAGCAAAAUAGAUAAAGCGCGACAACAGAAGAAGAAAAUGGCAACUGUAGCACAAUUUUCCGAGUCCUACACCACAGUAAAAACCUGUUUAUAAUUAUCUCCUUAAGAUAUUUCUUCACAGUAGAAUCCGCCCUAGAACUAAGCAAACAUUUAAAUAAAGAAUUGAAAUCCGGCCUAAUAGCAGGAGGCAGCACCAUCCAUGCUUUACUUGCAACUACGACCUGCAAGAAAAAAUUAUAUCACCAAAAUUUUGCAACAACAGGAUAGCGGCUCUAGGAAAUGUGACGCAAGCGAUGACAGCGGUUCUAAUAAACGGCCCUAUGCCUAUGACGCAAUCUCUGAAGCAGAAUAAUAGAAAGAAACUACACUGACCUCCCCGGGGCAAAAUAGGCAUGCAAAGUAGCUCCUAAACAAAGGCCUAGCGAAUAACCUACAAAGAAAGCUUAAUAACAAACGAGUAAUAACUACAUAUAUACCCUAAACGCGACUUGCUCUAGUAGAUCAUUUAAAUCCCCCAAAAGGCCCCAUAAACUACAGGCAAACGAAUAUAAAGUAGGAAACACCCUGUCUAGGACACAGUCAACUCAGACACUUAAAUAACCUAACGAGCAGCAAAAACAAAGUUACAGCCUUGAUUAAGAGGGUAAAUAACCUAAACCAACAAGAACAACGCAGUUCAACCUUGCAAAAAAAAAAAAACCUUGGCCAGAAUAGCGGGUUGAGUUACGAUUCGCGAACCAGUGUCAAAAAAGGACACAAUUUUUCAUACGUGAACAGGUCUCCCAUUCUCGAGAGAACUCGAAUCCUCGUUCUACUAACAAAAAUCUAAAACGACAUAAAUCUUCUCUAACGGACGCAGUCGUCCCUUCAAAUGGCCAGUGUCAUUUUCCCUGGACACAGCUGUCCAUGCAACUAAUGACCAGUGUCAAAUCCUGCAAAUACCAGCACUAAAAGCUAGUUCAGAGUGACCUACUCCAAGGGCAAUAAAGCUGGAUAAUCCCUACAAAAAUUCGAAUCUAAGCGCGAGAACCUCCCCUGUAAAACGAGGAGAACCAAGGAAUGAACUAAAAUUUCUUUCCAGGGUGAGAGCUUGGGAUGCAUUCAGCGUCAAGUAUCCUUAAUGAACGACCGAUAUUUGCUCGUCAGAAGAGGCCAAAAACUGGACGAAGGCCAUAAUGGGACUACAAGAGCAGCCAUCGCUUUCUGUAGGCUCAGAUAAUGGAUAACGCGAGCAACAACAGAAACUGGAGGAACCACUAAACAAUUCUCGGAACUUAAGUCUUGGGCAAAGAAGUCAAUUCCAGACACACCCGGAUUCCAGAAACGCGAAAAGAAUCUAGCUAGGAAGCUUAGCUGUAUAAUAAUUGGCAAAACAGUCAACUGUAUGCGGGCCCCAUAACUCUUCCAAACUUAGAAAAAGAUCAUGCGUGAUUUGCCAAUCAUCAAAGUCUAUAAGGCGACUGAUAUAAUCUGCCUUCUCAUUUUCAGUUCGUGGGAUCCACUGCACCUCCAAACGAAUAGAGUGCUCCGCGCAAAACUGAAAAAAUUUAAGAGCCAGCCUGUGCAAAUCCAAUUUCAUGCUUCCGACUUCUAUAAUUCUAGCCGCCGUCUGGCUAUCAGUGAACCACUUGACAAGUGAACCUUUAAAAUUGGCGCAAAAGACUCUAGAGAAAAAUCAAUGGCUGCAAGUUCUCUGCAAGUAGAGCUCUUAGAACAUUCGGAAGGCUCCCAAAGCUUGUGACACACACAAUCCUCAUUAAGGGUAGUAACUGAACCGCACCCUGCAGGGCUGGCAUCGGAGUAAGCGAAACGCUGUGGCUUAUUAAAGAGAAAACCAAUCGCGCACUUUGAUGGAAUUUAGGUUGUUUUUCCAAAAAUAUAGCUCCUCAAUGCAAUAGGGAACCAUCUUAACUUUCGAGUCCCAGUGCUGCGCGCUUAAUGUAGACAUAAUGCAGUGCCUAGUCAUGCUCCUAGAAAUGUUCCCGGAAACAGGCGCUGUAUAAAUUAUCUGCUGUAAAAGAGGCCAAUCUUCUGGCAGAAAGAACAAAAUCGGAGUCGAUAAUACUUUCAAUGGUACCAGUAAUUUUGGCAACCCUCCUAUCCAAUAUUUCAAUGGUUCCACGAGCGAUAUCCCAAGUGAUACCCAACCAAUCAAGCCUCUGGCAAGGUAUCCACACUGACUUAUCCUCGUUAGUAACGAAACCCCCUAAAAAAAGGUCAGUUCUAACGGCAUCAGCUACAAUACUGCACACUUGAGAAUCCAAUUUUCAAUACCCCAUCCGUCGUCAAGAAAAACAGCAACGCAAAUGCCUUGAUGCCUCCAAUGUUUCUCAAGAGGCUAAGAAUUUUUGUGAACACGUGAGGGGCGGACGAUAAUACGACAGGUUAAACUGUAAACACAUAAAACUUCACUUGAUUGGAACAGGAAUGCUUCCAGGAAAAACCAAGAUAUGUUUGAUGGCCCUCAAAAAUUUCAACGUGGUGGUACCCACUUUCAGAUCGAAGGAAAAACAUAUACACCACGCGAGAAGUAAUACAUAGCUGUUUUCCAGUCUUCGUAUUUAACAUGCAACUUACGAAGAAACUUGUUGACGUAUCUUAAAUCAAGAAUGAGCCUCUUCUUUCCAUUAGCUUGAACAGAUACGGAAAAGGGGUUGACCACCCGGGGGGUACAUUGGUUUCGACAACACGACCCGACUCAACUAAACUUGAAUAGCCUCCUCAACAAACUCGGCAUGUGAAAGAGACGAUCUGUUGUUUUUGAAAACCGCUGGUUGGAAAACUAACGAAAGGCAACAAAUAACCCCUUUCUAUAACGUUAAGAAUAAAACUAGGGGUUCCAAUAUGCUUCCAAAAUUCGAAGUUUCUACGAAGAUUUCCCUUGACGUUGACACACGGCGGACUAGUACUUAACUCAAAAUUAAACAAUUCGCUAUCGCAAUGCACCUGAGCGAUAUCAGCAACCUCCUCAUCAAAAACAUUACUGCUUUGCACCGGGUUGAGUGUGGGCUCCGUGACUGGGUCUGUAGGUACUGUGCGAGUAUCUUGGGGUGAAUGUGGUUCCGCGAUAAGUACUUCGUGGGCUAUCCCAGGAGGCAGUGCAUUCUCUUGCCCAGUGGCCGAGUUUGUGACAUUUAAAGCACCUCGCGCGGCCCACGUAAACAUCUCUACCGCCUGAAAACAGAUGAAAAAAAAGCAGUAUCAAAAGCACAUAAAAUGAAAAAACACCCGUAGGAGCCUGAGAAAAGGGAGGGUGGGUGGGGCCAGAUCUAAAACGUCCGAAGCAGUAAACAGCUCUAAAGUGCUAAGGUCGCAAGCGAGAGAGAGAGAACAAACUGAAAACAGCAUCUUAAAUAGAUAAAACGAACCAAUCGGAAGCUACGAUAAACGCACAGCGACACCAAAAGGCGACAAACUGUAACAAAGAAUGUGAAGCUAAUAUAACAGUGGAAAAUAUAUUGCGUAAUCCACAGAGGCAAAGUGCUGUUCGAGAAUUUAAACCCCUAACAGUCCUUCCCGUUGGCUACCUAGCCCACCUGUGA